AUGACUUUUUCUAGCUCGUACGCAAAUGGUAAUAAUCAAACAUCCGAUAUUGAAGAUAAUAGUAAUAAUGGAGGAGACCAACAAACUAUAACAACACAAAAUCAAAGACAGUCGUCGUCACAGACUACUGCUGCCACUACUACUACCACACAAACAUCACAGCAUCCCUAUACUGCGAGGCCUUCAUUUGGUUUGAUCGAUUUUGGUUUACUGGAAACUCUAGGAACUGGAACUUUUGGAAGAGUAUUUCUCACAAAAUUCAAACACAGAGAAAACUCAUUUUAUGCGAUGAAAGUAUUAAAAAAAGUUGAAGUUGUUAGACUUAAACAAGUUGAACAUAUAAAUUCAGAAAAAUUAAUUCUGAGUCAAGUUCAUCAUCCAUUCAUCGUAAAUUUGUUUUGUACAUUUCAAGAUGAGAAAAAUUUAUAUAUGUUAUUAGAAUAUGUGAUUGGUGGUGAACUUUUCUCACAUUUACGGAGAGCUGGCCGAUUUACAAAUGACAUGACCAGAUUUUAUGCAGCGGAAAUUGUCCUUGCAAUAGAGUUUCUGCAUUCAAAAGAUAUAAUUUAUCGUGAUCUUAAACCUGAAAAUUUAUUAUUAGAUUCAAGAGGUCACGUAAAAAUCACAGAUUUUGGUUUUGCUAAAAAAGUUGAAGAUCGUACGUGGACAUUGUGCGGCACACCAGAAUAUUUAGCACCAGAAAUUAUUCAAAGUAAAGGCCAUGGUAAACCUGUGGACUGGUGGGCUCUUGGAAUUUUAAUAUUUGAGAUGUUGGCUGGAUAUCCACCUUUUUUUGAUGAUAAUCCAUUCGGAAUUUAUGAAAAAAUUCUAGCAGGAAAAAUACAGUUCCCAAAUCAUUUUGAUGCUAAUGCCAAAGAUCUUAUUAAACGUCUUUUAACAGCAGAUCGUACAAAAAGAUUAGGUAAUCUUAGGGGUGGCAGUGAUGAUGUUAAAAAACAUAAAUGGUUUCGUGGUGUUGAUUGGCAGGGUCUAUAUGAUAGACGCGUGGCAGCUCCUAUUAUACCACCAUAUCGACAUCCUGGUGAUACAAGUAAUUUUGAAAAAUAUCCAGAACCAAAUGACGACGAAAAUUGUAUCGGCAGUACUCCAACGGGUAAUGAAAAGAGUUCUGCAUCAAAAUUUCAACUUGAAGUAAAAAAUACUUUGGAAUUAUUUCAAGAAAAAGAAUCCGAAAGUAAUUGGGAAAAAUUUGAUAAAGCAUUCAAACAAUUGAUCGAAAUUACUCGUGAAGGAAUCUCUGAUUAUGAGAAACCAUUUAUUUCUGGAAUCAAGUCUUUAAAGCAACCAAUUCAAAAUUCUAUUCUCUCAGAUAGAACAAGACUAUCAGGAACAGCAACUGAAUUUGUUGAAGAAAUUUCUAAUGGAUUAGGCCCAAAAUUUGAUUUAUUAGCUGAAUUAUUUGUGCCCAACAUUCUCAAAAUUUGUAAUCGUACAAAUAAAUUGUUCGUUGCAAGAGCUCAGAAAUGUUUGGAAACAAUAAUCCGCAAAUCUAAAUUGUUUAGUCUUUUACCAAAGUUUAAAGAAGCAAUCCAAAGUCAAAACAAACAAUUAAAAACCAGUAUAGCAGAAUUAACUUUAACAAUUUUAGAGACUGAUGUUACUGGUUUAGAAGAUUAUAUAGAAGAUGUAGAAUCGAUUGUUUGUCAAGGUAUAAUGGAUUCAACACCGGCUGUUAGAACAGCUUCAAAAAAAUCUUUUGAAAUUUAUAAAUUAAAAUUUGAUUCAAGAGUUGAAGAAUUUAUAGCUGGUUUGCCUUUUAUUGCAAAGAAGAAUCUUGGUAUUCAAGAUAAAGCAGCACAACCAGUAAAAUUUUCACGCCAGCCAAUUCGUCCGACUCAACCAGUUCGUGAAAAUAGUGCACAGGAUGAUAUUGUCAUAUUUAACAAAAAUAUAAGGAAACAACAAAAGGCGGAAAGAAGGACAUCAUUACCAAUUAAUAUUCAAACUUCGGGUGAUUCAAACGCUUUUGAAAUUGUGUUUGAUGAAUCUCAAGAUAUUGCACCAGAAAAAACCGCAAGUCCAACUACAAGUACAGGUUUUUUAAUAAAAAAACCACUCAAAUUAACUUCCUUACAACGACCAAAAUCUCAACCUAUAAUCCCAACCACAAAAUUAGCCCAUAAUACACCACCAAAACCUGUAAGGUCACAAACCACCCCAUCUAUCCUAAAUAAAAGUCAAUUAUCAUCAUCAUCUACUGCUGGUAUUACUGCAAAUCCACAAAGUACGCCAAUUAACGAAUCAACGUCAUCAUCAACAAUCCGAUCAAUUUCUAGCAAAGCAUCCAAAUUCACAGGCCCAAUAAGCAGUAAUGGCAAUUAUAAACCCUCAGUGAUAAUCACUGCAGCAGACGAUUAUAUUGGUCAAUCAAUAGCACUUUAUCUACUUUGUAAUCAUCGUGACAGUAUUUCAACAGUUCGUGCUGUAGCAAAAUAUCAAAACAAAUCAUUUGUAGAGGAACUGAUGGAUUUAGGAGCUGAAAUCUGUUUGAUUGAUUAUGAUAAAUCGGAAACUUUGGAUGAAGCCUUUGAAGGAAAUUUUGAUAUUGUUAUUUUCAACACAGAGUCUGACGAGAAAAGAGUUCAAUAUGCUGAAAAAAUGAUUCAAGCAUUUAAAAAUAUGAAAAUUAAUAAUGUUGGAAUGAUUUCAAUAAUUGGUGCUGAUUCUGAUUUGAAAUUUCUGAAGGCUUAUAAGGAUGUUGAAGAUAAAUUAAGCCAUGUUAUUGAAAAUUUAUGUGUAAUGAGGUAA